AUGAAAGAGAAAUCCACUGAGAUCCACGAGUACAAAGGCACAUUGUUGGCUCUUGCCAGUCUGGCCCCCGGUGCCACCCAGCCUCUCUCUGCAUCCGCCCCUCGGGCCGGGGGCUCCUUCGAGAUCCACCCGGCCCCCAAGCCCGACCUGGCUGCCAUCCCUGCUCACGAUCUGCAGGCGCAGGCCUUGGCCAAGCUGCGCCUGAAUUCACGCAACUCCUUCCUCUUCGUGCCCCGCCGGGAGGGUGGCACAGCUCUGCCUGCUGCCCAGAGCAACAGAACGGGACCAUCACCACCACCAUCCCCGCAGCAGAAAGUGCAGAAGGAGCCCCCACGGGUUUCCGCUCCGGAGCAGGAAGAGCCGAUCGCUUCCCCGCCGGCGCCUCUGGAUCCGUUGGUACCUGUGACUUACAUCGAUGACAUCGUGGAGCCGGACAGCGGGGAGCUCUCCCCGAGGGCUGUGAGGACAGAGAACUUGGAUCAGCCCAGAGGAACCGGCCCUGAGCUGGAGAUGGAGAUUUCCUCUGUGCCCCUCUACAGACCGCACUCCCCUGGGCUCCACCAGAGGGGAGGUAACACCUUCACCGUGGUGCCCAAAAGGAAGCCCGGUGCCUCGGGGCCGCAGGGUCUUACUGAGGCUGGUGGGAGGCCUCAGCGGGAGGAAGAGGAGGAGGAUGAGGAAAGCAAAGGAAGAAGCAAAACUGUAGAGAACGCUGAUGGGCCCCAGGUGGGGACGUCCCAUAAAAAGCGCUACCCCACGGUGAACGAGAUCGAAGUGAUCGGCGGGUAUCUGUCCCUGGAGAGGUCCUGCAUGAGCAAGACGGGCUCCCGCCGCAAGAAGAUGAAGAUCUCUUUCAACGAGACGAGUUUGCAGACCAUGUUUGAGUAUCCAUCCGAGAACUCACUGGCGGAAGAGGAGGAGGAGGAGGAGGAAGAGGAAGGACACACUUCUGAAACAGAGGAGGACAAAUCUCACACCUUUCACAUUCCACGCCCGAACAGCACUUUGCAUCCCAAUGCAGCUAACGCAGCAGAUCUAUCCAGCUACACCCCAAAGCACUCAGUGAAGUUCAGCGAGUGGCAAGAGCAGAAGUAUGAGGAGAUGCCUGCUAAGGGACCCCUCUUGAAGGAAGCUGAUUCCCAUGGGAACCAAGUUAUGCUCACCCCAGCUGAGAAGGGCGGACUCUCUGACUUCAGCAGUGAGCCUGCUCUGUACUUCUGAUUGCUCCAUCUGUGAGCCUGCAGCAGCAGCUGCUGGGCAGAGCCUGGCAGUGCACCAUGGAAACCAACGCCUGGGUCCCUCCUCCCUCAUCGCAAUCUUCGCAGCAUCCUGAUGCCAAGGGUGGACUAAAUGCCAUUGGGCGUCUUUGGAGAAUAUUUGCACUGGGUUCUGGGACCUAAACGACUGUUUUUUUAAUGCGUAUGGUUUAUUCUCCUUGUGGCCUUGCAUAUUCCUUGUUCAAGAUCAGCUGUCGAUUAGACAGUUAUCUUAAAGCAAUGCGUAACCCCAGGAUGGAUGUAGAUUCUCUCAGUGCUUAUGACUGUGCAUCCAAGUGCUGAAUGAGGCCUGGACAGCAUUUCUAACACUUCUCUCAUGAGAGGCCCCAGUGAAGAAAGCUGUGGGCAGGUGGCUGGACUCACAGAGUUGGUUCUGACAGCCAGGUUACAGCGGCUGGAAGAACUGCUAGAGGUUCAUGGGUUGUUCUCAAUGUGUUUUUGGGUCUAGUUUCACCAAACUGCCGUGGAAUUUAUGUGCCAGUUAAGCUCUUGUGAAGGAAACUGAAUGCACUGUGUAGGUGACGGGGAGGGGAAUAAAUGCCUUCAGCAUUAGGUGUCACUUUUGCACUGACAGCAGGAAGCACCCAGUCCAGCUUGAGCCUUGUGAAGGCUCCCAAACAUUGGCCAUAGCUUUGAUCUCUCUGUAACUGCCUCUGCUCUCCAGUCUCUACUGCUAAUUGUGCUUGUUUGCCAGUUUUUCUUGUUUUGUUUUGGUAUCUAAUGGGGCCAGGCCCAGGAUUUGUCUUAGGUGCUGGGGAGACUUGCUUCUUGCCUUGCUCACUCUACUUCUCUAUGCAAAGCACAGGAGGACCAUGUCACUCCUUCCUUCUGCAGAACUUGAACAAGGAAUAUGAUUUUUUUUUUCUAGUAUUUUUAUAGUUCUGUUGUAAUUGUUUGAUGCAGCCAAUAUGCAAAGGAAUCCGCUAGACUCUUCCAUUUAAAUUUUCUACAACUGUACACUCAGGGUCAAAAUUACACUCUGGAAAAGACUGAACACUGCUGCUAAUGUGAUUUGUAUUUCUGGGAUUAAAAGAGAUGCAGUGGGAAUAGACACAGCCUCUUUGGGCUUUAUGAAGUGGGCGGUGCCCCCACGCGUGGCUCUAUCUGAAGGACCAGGCUGCCAUCUUUUGGUGAUGUCUGGGUUUUGUUGGUUUGUGUAUAUAUAUAUAUAGACAAUGUCUAGCCGAGCUGACACUGAUCUAUGAUCUGAAAACGUUCUUUGUACUUUCUUACAUCUUGUACUGUGGAAAGCUCGGGCCGUGAGCUUACGGCAGCCCCAGCUCCUGAGCUGCAGAGUACCAAAUGUGUAAGUGGUGAACCCAGAGCUGCCCGUCCUGGCUUCGUUCUGCUGUGGGUCAGUAAGGGAUGCUGAAUGAUAUCCUGCAGGCUGCUCUGCUGCCUUCAGCCAACUGAAGUGCUGCUGUGGGUGCUGAUCCCAGUGAAGGAGCUUUGUGCCCACACCUUCCCUAGCUGGGACAGGCCCGUGGUGCUCUGGUGGGAAGGGGUGACAUUCAGCAGUUCUCUGAUACCAAAAUGCUUCUGAAAGGAAAAUAUACACCUGCAACACACUUUUAUUAACGGUGGCAUCCUUAUACCAGAACAGCAGCUGCCCCCGACCAAGGGGCCUGGCCAGGCUGAAGAACAGCUUUAGGAAUGCUUUUGUCCACGUGUUUGUUUUGAGGUGCUUGCAGACUCACUGGCUUUGCUAGCAUUCUCAAUUUCUCCCUUCAGGGCAUCUAGCAAUGUCUGAGAACUCUCCAGAAUCUGAGAAAGAAGGAAAUAAAAACAGCUUAUAUAUUUUUUUUGUAUCAACUAAACAGUUCUCUCUGAGUUCAGCUGAUGUACCUUGCAGCAGGAGGGAUCCUCCACCCCUGUGAGCAAUACAACACUGAGAAUUUAGGCGUUCUGUCUCAUUGCAGGGGUGGCUGGGCAGGAAUUUCUCUUGUUACACCCAUAUUCUGAAUUUAAAAAACCUUAAGCCAUUUAUCUGUCUUGAACACAAAGCAGAGACUUUCCUGCAGCAGGUUGUGGAUUGAAGUUUACUUUCUACUUGGGCUUUUUGAAGCAGUAUUAAAAUUGCAGGCAGCAGACCCAAUGUUUUCCACUACUAAACCUGCACGCUUCAGGUUUCUUACUUUGAGAGGUAACCCCAUAAUGACCUUAAAUGAGAUAAAUCUUGCUCCUUUAAUUCAUUUUCUUCUGUUUUUAGCACGUAUUUUAUAUAAUCUAACACUCCCACCUGUUGUGCCCUAGGAGACCAGGUAACACCAGGCUUAGAUCUCGCUGUGUGUGCAGCUCACCUCUUUACAGUGGACAACUGUAACAGCAUGUGGCUGCUGCAGUCCCAGUGAUCAUCUGUACUCAUUCCUGUGGCCUUACAGGAGUGUGAAAUUGUCAGAGGAGAGGUGAAGAGCCCUGCAGGAGCAGAGGGGCAGGAGGUGUGGGAUCUUGCUGCCUUGUCCCCACGGCAGAACGUGGUGUAUGGGUUAGGGUGAGUCCUGAGAAUCCCAUAUGCCAGAGAAGGGCAAGGAGCACCAUCAUACACAGGAGACCUGAAUGCACAGGAAAGGGACUCUGUUCCUCCUUUCUGUCUGCAGGAUGACUGUGUUUCCUCUCCUCACCCCUCAGCUUUUUACCUGCUGUGACUUUGUCUCCUAAUGUCAAUAAACACGGAUUUGUUUGUAGGA